UCAUUCCGAUUGUCCACUAUUGUUGUAGACGUGUUUGAGAACCGAAAGCAACUGUAAUUUUGCACCUUGGUCGACUGACGUUAACGCUACUUAAGGAUGGCGCGCAAUGCAGGCGGCAACAACAACAAUACAGCCAAGUCAAGCGCUACGGGCCAUCAUCAGGCAACAGCCGCCGGUACAUCAUCCGCAGCAGCAGCGGCCGCGGCUGCGGCAGCCGCAGCGAGCGCCAAACACAAGCGCAGCAGCAGCAGCAGCAACAGAAAUUACAAAUUCAAUUUGUCCUCAAAACUGAUGCUGGACAAGUGGAAGACACUCGUCGGCUGCCUCUCAUUGGCCGUGGCUAGCUACUUUGGCUACCUGGGCUACCUGGAGACGCGCGUGAAUACGCCGUUCGACAACCACAAAAUGGUCUCGGCCAGCGGCCUGGACGAUCCGGAGCGAUACUGGGGCUCGUAUCGCCCGCAUACGUACUUCGGCAUGAAGACACGCGAUCCCCAUUCCCUGGUAAUGGGCCUGAUGUGGUACACUCCCAGCAAUCUGGGACCCGAUGGCCGUGGGAUUAGGCACUGGUGCGAGCAGGGCGACAAUUUGGAUGGCUAUGGCUGGACGCAUCAUGAUGGGCGCAGCUUCGGGGUGCAGGAGAUACAGGAUCUGCCCUUUGAGAUCAAGACGUCGUUUGUCAAGUUUCCCGGCGAGAAGCAGUACGGCGGCGAUUGGACGGCCCGGAUCUCGGUGCGGAAUACGACGCGUGCCUGGGACCGGAGCAUCUCGCUCAUCUGGUAUGUGGCGCUGGACGAGCGCACCAAUGGACACAUCAAGUACGUCUCCGACGAGAAGAGUCCGGAGCCGGGCGUCUAUGGCGAGAGUCAGGGACUGGGCGAGUUUCAAGUGCGCUUCCAUGCGGUCAAGGGGCGCAUCCAGCACAAGUCCUAUUUGAGCACCGUGGCGCCCAAUCUGAGCAAGCUCAAGGAGACCAUAUUCGCCCACUUUCGCGCCUUUCCCAGCAAGCGUGGCAAUCGGUUCAUUGGCCUUCCCGGCGAGAUUGUCUCCCAGAACGGCGUGCCGUCAACGAAUCCCGAACCAAAUCUGAUUGCCAUCCAGAUUACGGCCGAGGUGGACUUCACGCUGGACAUUACGUACCAGUCGACGUCGGGCUUUGCCCUCGGCGAAUCCAUACCGAAGCCGCCCACGGGACGCGCCUACACGGACGCACUGCAGGCGAAGAUUGGCGAAUUCGACAAGCGCUUCGAGGCCACCUUUCAGCUGGCCGCCAAGGGCUAUGCGCCGGAUAUGAUACGCUUCGCACGCAACGCAUUCAGCAAUAUGAUCGGCGGCAUUGGGUACUUCUAUGGCGCCAGCCGGGUGCAGUCUGUGCACACCCAGAAUCCGGUGCCGUAUUGGAAGGCGCCGCUGUAUACGGCCGUACCGUCGCGCAGCUUCUUUCCGCGCGGCUUCCUCUGGGACGAGGGCUUCCACGGCCUGUUGCUCAGCGCCUGGGACAUUGACAUUGAGUUGGACAUCAUCUGUCAUUGGUUCGAUCUGCUCAAUGUGGAGGGCUGGAUACCCAGGGAGCAAAUCCUGGGCGUCGAGGCGCUGGCCAAGGUGCCCGAAGAGUUUGUGACGCAGCGCAACAGCAAUGCCAAUCCGCCAACGUUCUUCCUCACGCUGCACAAGCUCCUCACCCAGCACAAGGCCCAGUUGUCCCAAAAGGGACGGUUCGCCACCCUGGAGCGGCUCUAUCCGAGGCUGCAGGCCUGGUUCAACUGGUACAACACCACGCAGCGCGGUGAAAUCCUGGGCACCUAUUUGUGGCAGGGACGCAAUGCGAGCGCCGUGCGCGAGCUGAAUCCCAAGAGCUUGUCCUCCGGCCUGGACGACUAUCCGCGCGCCUCGCACCCCACCAUGCGCGAGCGCCACGUGGAUCUACGCUGCUGGAUAGCCCUCGCAGCCGGCGUCAUGGCCGAGCUGUCCACGUUGCUGGGCAAGAACGAUGUCAAGUACUACGAGACGCUGUCGUAUCUGACGGACAACGAACGGCUCAAUCGACUGCAUCUGGAUCCGUACAGUGAACACUAUGCCGACUGGGGCCUGCACACCGAUUCGGUGACAUUGAAACGUCCGCCGGUGUUGGCGCCACAGCGAGCGGCGGGACAACGUGGUGGUGCCCCACCGAUGCAGCAGGAGAUGCGUCGCUAUGUCUCCAAACAGCCGGACUACAAGUUCGUCGACAAUAUGUUCGGCUAUGUGAGUCUGUUUCCCAUGCUGCUGGAGCAACUGGAUCAUGAUUCGCCCUAUCUGGGCAAGAUGCUGAAAGAUAUGCGCGAUCCGGAGCUGCUCUGGACCAACUAUGGACUGCGUUCGCUGGCCAAGAACUCGCCCAUGUAUAUGAAGCGGAAUACGGAACACGAUCCGCCAUAUUGGCGCGGUCCCAUCUGGAUCAACAUCAAUUAUUUGGCCGUCAAGGCGUUGCGGCAUUACGGCCAGAUCGACGGGCCCUACGCCGACCUGGCACGCACGAUCUACGGCGAAUUGCGCGAGAAUCUGGUGAAGAACAUAUUCCGGCAGUACCAGCGCAGCGGCUACAUCUGGGAGCAGUACGACGAUGGCACAGGCGAGGGCAAGGGCUGCAAGCCGUUCACCGGCUGGAGCGCGCUCGUCGUCCUGCUCAUGGCCGAGCAAUACUAAAGAGGCCAUUAUCUAGCGGUUGCUACGAGUUCCUCCUGUGAUACACUCACGAAAACAAAACACGAGAGAGAGAGAGAGAGAGAAGAGAGAGAGAGAGAGAGAGAAGAGAAGAGAACAAAAUUUUCAAACUUAUUCCGUGUGCAUUACGAAUUUUGUUUUAGCUUUUAGCUAAACUGUUUCCUUUCCAAAGAUUUACUAUAUACAUACAUACAUAUAUAUAUGUAUGUACUACAUCUAUAUGCAUGGGUAUAUCUGUAUAUCCACGUAGUACGUACUUAUCUAAUAUAUCAACUUGAAUGUUCUUCUGUCUGUCAGCAAGGCUCAAUGUUCCCUUACGGCUGACUGCGCCUAUUUUAAGCUGUACAAAUUACAAAUCCGACAAAUUACGUAAAUUAGCGUUAAUAGAUGAAUUUACUAAAAAUAAA